AUGUCUUUCUUUUCGUUUCUUGAAUCUAUUCCAACCAUAUCUUCAACUGUGUUCAAACAUUUUACUGAAGGCCCACCUAAAAAAUCAUGGGAUCUAAGGUUUCAUUUAACAAUAGCAAUGAUUAAUGCCAAUAUUCGUUUUUCAAAAACACCUAUUGAACAGUCUCAGAAGGAAUUCAACGAAAGUUUUAUGGGUAAACCCCCUCCUAAUAUAAUUUUAAAAGACGUUAUAUUAGAUGAGGAAUAUAGACAAAAAAGUAAAACGCAUUUAGAAAAGAUUUUGAAACACUAUGAUGAUGUGUUAGAUGAUAGAUGGAAAGUUCCAAAUGAUAGAUUACACGGAGAAUGGAUGUAUAUUAAUGAGAAAUUUAGUGAAACUGAUAAUGUAGUUUUAUAUUUGCAUGGUGGUGGAUUUUGUGUCGGAUCAUCUAAAUCUGUUAGUCCACUUACACAGAAAUUUGUUGAGCUUGCUAAUUCUCGAGUUUUUGCAAUUAAUUAUCGUCUUACGCCACAAAACCCAUUUCCUGCUGCUCUUUGUGAUUCUAUCGCUGCGUAUUUAUACCUCAUAAAUCCUGGUCCAAAUGCUGGAUUUGAACCGAUCAACCCUAAAAGAAUUGUAUUGGCUGGUGAAAGUGCGGGUGGCAAUUUGGUUUUUUCUACGCUCUUAUCUUUAAGGGAUGCUGGAUUACCAUUACCAGCGGGCGCAAUUCCAUUGGUUGAUUUAACUCAAAGUAUGCCAUCCAAAUGGGAUUCCGAAUUAGAUAAUGUAGAUAUUAUACCUGCAGUACUAGACUAUUCUGCAAAUAUUCCUUCAUCGCCUGCCAUGGACGAAUAUCAUGUCAAUGCAAAAGCUCUAGCUGACAAAAUCACUCUAAAAAACCCUAAGAUUGUUAGUCAUCCUUCUUUUACUGAAGUACCUCGCUUUCAACUUUAUUGUGCUAAUGAAGCAUUGGCAAUUCCUUACAUUAGUCCCAUGCUUGCUGAAUCUUUAGGGAAUUUACCACCUAUUCUAUGUCAAGUUGGUGAUGAAAGGUUUCGUGACGAAGCUGUUCUAAUUUCUCAUAAAGCUGCGAGUCCUCAUGAAUAUCAAUUGCCUUCAUAUGCAACUAAAAAUUUUGAAAAGUCCCCUUUUAAGAAACCUACUAAAGUUAUACUUGAAGUCUAUGAUGAUAUGCCUCAUAUCUGGUAUAUGUUUACUUUUUUUAAACCUUCACAAAUAGCAAUCGAACGUUGUAGUGAGUUUAUUAAACGUGUUACUUCUAUUGAAGACAAUAAUACUUCUACGAUUGAUCUUAUUAAGGAGGAUGUAGUAUCCCCUUCUAUUUCUGUUUCACCCUCAUUUAUUGCAAUGAGAGUUGGUACAGAUGGUACGAUCAGAGAAUUGAAUGAAACUGAUCGAGAUUGUCUUAAAUGGGAUAAAAUUGGC